GCUGAACAGGGCGCAUUCAUUCUUUCAUUUCUGCUUUUGUAUUGUUGUCGUGUAUAAAGUAUACUUACUUAUAAGUAUAGUAUACUUAGUAUACUAUUAAUUUUUAAUAUAAGGAUAAACUCGUCUGAGUGAAGUUUGAAGCUUUUCAGGCUAACCUAGCUUGCUAGCCGCGGCGAAACUUCUCACCUCGUCGCUAUACGCAGCAAUCAAAGUGUUGUGAUAGUAUGAAAAUGUGUAAAGUAGAAAUACUAAGAGCGCUAGUGAAUCAGCGACUAACUGCGGCUGUUGAAGAAAUAUGUAUAGCGUUCGAAAGAACCAUAGCAGAGUACGAGGAGGAACUUUGUCGAACAAAAGAGGAGAACGAGCGACAACGUCAACUACUGGAGGUUUUCAAGAACCCUCAAGUCGUGUUACACAGAGCAGACGCCAGUGAAGAAGAUCUUCCCCCUGAACGGCAGGAAUGGAGGAACUUUGUCGAACAAAAGAUGGUGGAGCAGGAGGCGCCGAAGCCCCUUCACGUUAAGGAGGAAGAGGAGGAUCGCAGCAUCAGUCAUUUUGAUCGACUGGAAGAUUUCGCAGUGACUUGUGUUCCUGUGAAGAGCGAAGAUGAUGAAGACGAAGCUCAAAGUGAUGAGAGGAAAGGGGUGGAGCCUCCAAGCUGCAGCUCAAUAGACCGCCAUUUUGGUGGAUCACAAUCAGACAGCCUUUUCGCUCCACUGUCGGAUAGCGACGACACGACGUCACACUCUCCUGACGCUGAUGAUGAAGACGCUAAAGCUGAUAACACACAUCAUACGGACAACCGACAUUUCAAAUGUUCGGAGUGCGACAAAUCUUUUAACGACCGUCGUAAUCUGAAAAGACACAUAAGAACGCACACCGGAGAAAAACCAUACAUGUGCUCCGUUUGCGGUAAAAGAGUCUCUUCAAGAGCGAGUUUGAACGCGCACACAACGAUACACACAGGAGAGAAACCUUUUUCCUGUUCAGUGUGCGGGAAAGGUUUCGGACAGAGACAAGGAUGGAAAAGACACAUGAGAACGCACACUGAUGAGAAACCAUUCAUGUGCUUAGUUUGCGGGAGGAGAUUUUGCCGAAAGGAGCAUUUGACAGUGCACACAAGAAUACACACUGGAGAGAAACCUUUUUCUUGUUCUGUGUGUGGUAAGUGUUUUAUACAAAAUCGAUCUUUUAAAGCACACAUAUGUUUACACACGGGCCAGAAACAUUUCUCCUGUUGAGUUUGUGAUAAAUGUGUGUGUGUUGUGUGUUAAUAAUAACAAGUGUUCUGGUGAGAAGAGCAUAACCACAUACUGUAUUAUUAAUAAUAAUAAUAAUAAUGAUGUUGUUAUA